ACUCCAAGACAUAAGACCCGAACCCAUCUGACUGCGAGUCAGUCGACACAAUCAUGUCAUCGACGGUCACGUGUGGUAACUGUGGGUCCAAUGAAGUGGAGUUUGAGUCGAGUCGUGGCGACACGUAUUGCACUUCAUGUGGUUUCGUGAUCGACCAGAACUGCAUCGUCUCGGAAGUGCUCUUCUCGGAGGGCACUCACGGGUCCGCACAUAUCAUCGGACAAAGACAUGACACGGAGUCCGCCUUCAAGUCAUUCAGUAUUGGAGGCAUUCUUGGAGCGGGACGUGAGUCAAGACAAGUGACUCUUAUGAACGCCAAACGACGGAUCAAAACGGUUUGCGAUCAGUUGAGACUCAACGAG